GCUCCCAUAAAAACCCUUACUUUCUUCAAGUUCUGGUUCACCGAUUGAUGGGUCGUGGCUCAGUGACGUCGCUUGCUCCUGGGUUCCGUUUUCACCCUACGGACGAGGAACUUGUUCGCUACUACCUUAAGCGUAAGGUCUGCAACAAACCCUUUAAGUUCGAUGCUAUUUCCGUCACCGACAUAUACAAAUCCGAGCCUUGGGAUCUACCGGAUAAGUCUAAGCUGAAAAGUAGAGACUUGGAAUGGACCAAUUGGGUUAUGCACGAGUAUCGGCUUUCUGAUGAGGACCUGAAGAAAGCUGGUGUGCCACAAGAAGCAUAUGUGUUAUGUAGGAUAUUCCAGAAAAGUGGUACGGGUCCUAAGAAUGGGGAGCAGUACGGUGCUCCGUUUCUUGAGGAGGAGUGGGAAGAAGAUGGAAUGACUUAUGUACCAGAUCAAGAUUCUUUCAGUGAAGGAUUGGCUGUUGAUGAUGAUGUUUAUGUUGAUAUUGAUGACAUUGACGAGAAGCCUGAGAAUCUGGUGGUCUAUGAUGCCGUUCCUAUUCUACCUAACUACUGUCAUGGAGAAUCAAGCAACAAUGUUGAAUCAGGCAAUUACUCAGACUCUGGAAAUUACAUUCAACCAGGAAACUAUGUGGUCGACUCUGGUGGCUACUUUGAACAACCAAUUGAAACUUUUGAGGAUGAUCAGAAGCCUAUCAUACGGGAUGGUAGCAUUCAGCCUUGUUCUCUGUUUCCAGAGGAACAAAUUGGCUGUGGUGUGCAAGACGAGAAUGCAGUGAAUCUGGAAUCUUCCAACAAUAAUGUGUUUGUAGCUGAUACAUGCUACAGUGACAUUCCUAUUGAUACUAACUAUUUACCCGAUGAGCCAUUCAUGGAUCCUAACAACAAUCUUCCACUCAACGAUGGUCUGUACCUGGAAACGAAUGAUCUCAGCUGUGCUCAGCAAGAUGAUUUUAACUUCGAAGAUUAUCUCAACUUCUUUGAUGAUGAGAGUUUCACUCUUGAUGAUUCUCAAUUAAUGGGACCUGAAGAUGCUCUUCCCAACCUAGAAGGCGUCGAUCAGAAACCUACCCCUGAAGAACUGGAGAAGGAGGUCGCAGGAGGCAAAGAGGCGGUGGAGGAAAAGGAAAGUGGUGAAGGAUCUUCAUCAAAACAAGAUGCAGAUGUCAAGGACUUUGAUUCAGCUUCGAAGUACCCUUUUCUCAAGAAGACAAGCCACAUGCUUGGAGCCAUUCCUACUCCAUCUUCAUUUGCUUCACAGUUCCAAACAAAGGACGCUGCAAUGCGGCUACACGCAGCACAAUCUUCUGGUUCAGUUCACGUGACUGCAGGUAUGAUCAGAAUAUCAAACAUGACUCUAGCAGCGGACAGCGGUAUGGGCUGGUCAUAUGACAAGAACGGUAACCUCAACGUAGUCCUUUCAUUCGGGGUAGUCCAACGGGAUGAUGCGCUGAGUGCCUCGGGAAGCAAGACAGAAACUACGGCGACAAGAGCUAUGUUAGUCUUCAUGUGUUUAUGGGUUCUCCUACUCUCUGUUAGCUUCAAAAUAGUAACCAUGGUGUCUGCUCGGUAAUAGGACCAAAAGUCGAAUCUGUCUCAAAAAGACUUUUUUGGUGUUUGUACCUCUCCAACUAUAUAGCCUUUACUUUGGCAGUGCUUUGCUGCUCCAUAUUUAAAUUUUUAUUUCUAAGGGUUUUGUGUAGUUUGAAAUUCUCUUCUAGAAAUAAGAACAUAACAACUUU